UCCAUUGCUAAAUAUUACUCGCAUAGUCGCAUUACCCCGGCAAAUUUCAGUGACGAUAUCUUCAUUCCACCUCCUCCUUACCCCGGCAAAUUAAAUCAAAAUCUUUACAGUUCAGUCCAACUAUAAAUAAACCCAACUCUCCAAAACCCACCCAUAAACCACCACAAAUGGCGUCGGCUGAUCUAGCACCACCAUCACACCCACCGCGCUCACACACCGACUUCUUCGGCGACCCAAUCGACGAUUCAAGCCCACUCUGGUUCAAGAAAGACCUCUUUCUCUCUCCUGAUUUCGACUCCGAAUCCUACAUUUCCGACCUCCGAACCUUCGUACCCUUCGACACUCUCCGAUCUCAGCUCCACUCUCACCUCUCUUCUCUCAAGCACCAGCUAGUUGAUCUCAUCAAUAGAGAUUACAAUGAUUUCGUUAAUCUCAGCACUAAUCUCGUCGAUGUUGAUUCUUCCGUUGCUCGAAUGCGCGCCCCCUUGUCUGAUCUUAGGGAGAAGAUCGCCGCGUUUAGGGAUUGUGUUCAGGAUUCACUGGUUUCGCUUCAGAAUGGGUUGAAUCAGAGAGCUGAGGCUGCUAAUGCUAGGGAAGUCCUGGAGUUGCUGCUUGAUACUUUCCAUGUCGUUUCUAAGGUUGAGAAGUUAAUAAAGGAACUACCUAGUGUUCCUGCUGAUUGGUCGAAUGGUGACAUGAGUACAUCAGAAAAGAAUCAUCUAAGCAACGGAAUAUCUUUGCAACAAUCUGAGAAUGAAUCAAAUGUAAGAGAGACUCAGAGCAUGCUUUUGGAGAGAAUCGCCAGUGAAAUGAACAGGUUGAAGUUCUACAUGGCUCAUGCAAAGGACCUACCUUUUAUUCAGAACAUUGAGAAGAGAUUUCAAAGUGCUACUCUUUUAUUAGAUGCUAGCUUGGGGCAUUGCUUUUCAGAUGGUCUAGAGCACCGAGAUGAAAAUGCCAUAUACAAUUGCUUACGCGCUUAUGCUGCCAUUGACAACACUAGAAAUGCUGAAGAAAUUUUCCGCACAACCAUUGUUGCCCCCCUAAUAGAGAAGAUUAUUCCUCAUGGUUCUUCAGGGUUGAUCGGUGUGGCUGCAAAUGAUGAACUUGAGGCUGAUUUUCAGGAAAUGAAACAGUGUAUUGAGAAAGACUGUACAUUCUUGCUGAGAAUCUCUUCAAAAGAGAAUUCAGGUUUUCAUGUAUUCGACUUUUUGGCCAAUUCGAUCCUCAGAGAGGUGUUUUCAGCGAUUCAGCAAGGAAAGCCUGGGGCUUACUCACCUGGAAGGCCUACGGAAUUUUUGAAAAAUUAUAAAUCAAGCUUAGAUUUCUUGUCCCAUCUGGAAGGUUACUGCACAUCCAGAUAUGCAGUGUCUAAAUUCAGAGCAGAGCCAGUAUGUGUUGACUUCAUGAAGCAAUGGAAUCUUGGGGUUUACUUCUCAUUGAGGUUUCAAGAAAUAGCCGGGGCUUUGGAUACUGAGCUUAUGGCUCCCAGCCUGGUGGUGGUGCAAGAACGUCGUGAGGAUGGAAAAUUUCCAGCUUUGAUUUUGAAACAAAGUGUUACUCUCUUGGAGAGUUUGAGGUCCUGUUGGGGCGAAGAUGUACUGGUGUUGUCGUGCUCUGACAAAUUUCUUCGUCUGUCAUUGCAACUUCUUUCAAGGUAUACCAAUUGGUUGUCAAGCGGACUCCAUGCUCGGCAAUCGGGUCACGGGAAUGCAAAACCUGGAGCUGAAUGGGCGAUCUCUGCUGGACCUGAAGAUCUUCUAUAUAUUAUUCAUGAUGUAAAGCACCUUGUGGAUGAGGUUUCUGGUGACUACGUCGGACAUGUAAUGAAGCUACUUUCUUCCUGUCCCUCCGAAGUGCUGGAUCCUGUCAAACAGAGCAUAUUGCAAAGUGCGAAAUCUUUGGAGAAUAUGGUACCCCCAGUGAUAAAAUCAAUAGUAGAUGUGCUGGUUGAGAAGUCUGUUGAGGCUCUGCUUCAACUGAAGGGCAUUUCUGCGACAUACAGGAUGACCAACAAACCUCUACCUGUCCAGCAUUCUCCAUAUGUUUUAGCAAUCCUUCACCCUCUCAAGGCUUUCUUGGAAGGAAACAGAGCUGCCACAUAUCUGGAUGAUGGAACAAAACAUGAACUCCUACAAGGUGCUGCAUUAGAGAUCACCAAGAGUUAUUAUGAGUUGGUCUCUGAACUAGUUAAUGUGGCAAGAAAAACAGAGAGUUCAUUGCAGAGACUACGUCAAGGUGCGCAAAGGCGAACUGGAGCAAGCUCUGAUGUAAACGACCAUAAUGUAUCUAAUACUGAUAAAAUUUGCAUGCAGUUAUUCCUUGAUAUACAGGAAUACGGGCGUAAUCUGGCUGCCCUUGGAGUUGAUGCUGCUAAGAUAGAAGAUUACCAAUCUUUGUGGCAGUGUGUGGCGCCUGCAGAAAAGCAAAAUACGAUAACCUUGUAGACUAAAGUUUAGCUCUACCAAUAUUAUAGAGUUUCUUUUUUUUUUUUUUUUUUUUUAAUCUUGCAAUACCAGUUCUACUGUUCUAGUGACUGUAGCAAUCUCCUGUAGUUGAUAUUUUUCCUUGUAAAUUUUUUUGUUUUUUUAUUCUUUAUUUAAAAAAAUAUGAUUUACCCUGUAAUUCUACGUGGUGACAUGGUGUUAAUAGUAGUUAGUGGCUGGAUUAUUUUUU